GAUAUAAAGAAAAAGUUGCUGUAACGCGAUUUUUUUUCGCAUUUGUUUGUUUGUCAGGCAUGCCAUAGCCUUGACAGUCUGCAAAAAAAAAAGUUUCGAACAAAAAAACGCGAUUGAAUGUCAAAUCGUGAUAAAAAUGAAUUUUACAACAAAAACUGGUCUAAUAGCGAGUCCUAGAAAGAAAAUUUAUCGAUAUACAAAGUCAUUUGAUCCACUGACAUUGGCUCCGUGUGCCAUCACGAAGCAAGUAUCGUUCUCGUUACGACCGUUCGGAGGACUUUUCAACCCGUAUUCGAAGGGAUGUUCCGUGCUUUGUAAUCAUCCGGCAUCGGUGGAGGUGAAAAGUGUCGUGAAACGUGCCAAAGAUGCUUGGAUCUGCGAUGGUCGUGCCAUGUCCUUACGUUCGGGCGCUUCCUCUCGACGUGAUAAACGUGAUGACGGUUUGGAGGACCUUCCAGAACACGUUCCAGAAGAGUUUUUUCGACGUUACACUGAUACCGACAGUCGUCCAUUGACGCCGACGCCAACCAUGGUGAGUGGAAAAACUAGGCCUAAUCAAGGUGUCAAUUCGACGUUCAACACACGGCGAUGUGUAACGCCCGAACCAGUAUCGAGUCACGUGAAAGAACGAAAACAGCUAAUUUUGGAUUUGAGACGAAGUCAUAGUCAGGAUGUUUUUGCAGUUUCUGACCUUUCACCCACGCAGCUUCAAGACACUUUUGGCGUAUGGACCCAACAAGAGGAAACAACUCGCAUUCACACGGUCGAAGAACAUCCCGAUGAGAACGAAAGUGAAGCCGCGGCGCCUGCAGCUCCAUACGAGAGAUUUUCCCAUACGCCAUCUUCCGCCCAUUUACGUACAAGUUUGGUGCCAGAUCCCAUGGAAGAAGCCGCCCAAAAAAUCGAACAAGUUUGCAUCAAUGAUCUCGAUGAGCCCGAUGACGAAGACCAUCCCCGACGUCGCGGCAAAAAACGUAAAAAGUCAAAAACCAUCACGACACACACUUUCCAAGCGAGUCAAGAUCCCGAAACGCAUAUCGCGACACUUGCGGCAGAUGAUUCGCAAAAUGCAUCGGCAAGACCGUCAUUUUCCAUCCCGUACAGUAGCGGGUCGUUCCAAAUGUUGGGCCAUUUACCGCGUGCCACGUUUGAAAUUGUCGAGGAAGAUACGUCGGAAUUUUUCCUUGAUGAGGAGUCGCUUAAACUGUUGAGACGUGGCUUGAACAUCGAUAUCGUGGAGGAAGUUUUUGAUCGAUAUAAACAUCGUGCGAUGAAGGAAGCAUUGCGGCUAACCGCACCCGGCAAAAUGGAAAGUGAGGCAGUGAAAGAGUUGCGUGAGCAGUUGCAGCUGCCAGAAAUGGAUCACGAAAAGUGGAUGGAGUUGCCACGGAAGUAUACGAGAGCUUCGGCGAGGUUUACGUUACCGAUGGAUACGAGGGAGUUGUCAAGAAUGACUCCUUUACAAUACCUCAGCAAACACGUAUCUGUCUUAAGCGAUCGCAAGCAACUUUAUCACCGAAUUUUCGUACGAAAUCUAUCAACAGUCACCGACAAAAACGGCAAAUCCGCUUCCGAUUCCGAGGACGAGGAAGACUUACAAGAAGCUGAAUCCAAAGGAAAAGCCGAUAUGGUCCGAACUUUAUCGUAUUCAGUCCUGGACAAAGCGAUGCACGAAGUUUUGGGCUUCCAUGGCAAAGCAGAUAAAAUUGCAAAAAUCCGAGAUUUACUUGGAUUAGUCGGAGAUGUGAACGGCAACGAAGUUCCCAUCGAUUUUCGUACGUGGUGCGGCAUCGUCGCCUUUUCCGAGAGAUAUUUAACGGACUUGGAUAAGGAUUUGGAUCCGUGUAACGAGAUCGAAAUUGCUGAUUUUGAGUCCCUCGAUCGGAGAAUAAAAAAUGUCGAAGGUAAUGAAAAACUCAUAAACGUCCUUUACAUAAUCAAAAACAACUAGAGACGCACUUGAAUCACUUUUAUUGAAUCAUACCGACUAAGAGUUAAUCGUAUACAAUAC